AAUCGAAGCAGCAAAAUCGAUCUAAAAAAUUGAUUAAUCGAUGUAAAAGAAUCGAUUCCUUAGAAAAUCGAAUCGAGAUCGCCCAUCCCUAUCCUAGAUUGAUUACACUGUGGAGUGGAGUCUCUUUAUACUUCCUGGACAUUGACAAAACCGGUCCUUGGAUCACUCCGUGACCACGUGUAAAACCUGCAUUUUCACGAUUCUCACAAUAAGAUUUUGCAAAUCGACUUGAUCGCGAUUUUAAAACAUGUCGGACCUAUUUGACAACAAUUCCUAUUCUGACAAGGACAAUAAAGGGAUCGAUCCGGAAUUAGCGGAGCUUCUGAUGGUCGAGAAGCAAAAAGCGCAAUUCAAUGCGCAGAUUCACGAGUUCAAUGAUUUUUGUUGGGACAAAUGUGUUGAUAAGCCAGGAAGUAAAUUGGAUGGCCGCACAGAAACGUGCAUAAACAAUUGCGUCGAUAGAUUUAUAGAUGUUUCCCUCUUUGUUACAAAUCGUUUUGCACAGUUAAUACAAAACUCUAUAGGAAAGUAAAAUUUGUAGAGUA